CACACUUCCUGUUUUCAUGACGUCAAACGCCGGUAGCCAAUCAGCGGCCGAUGUUCGGCGAGUGGGCGGGGUCUGCGCGCACAUUUGCGCACAGGCUCAUCUGAAGCGCCGGUCAGAAGCACGUGACGUCGGCUGAAGUCGGUCUGUCUCCGUAUGUCUCCCGCAGCUGCGUGUCUGUGCGUCCUGUGCGGUUUACCGGCGGCCGGUAAGUCCCGCCUGGCGGGGGAGCUGCGGGGUCGCGCACAGGCCCGUGGAUGGAGGACGCUGCUCGUGACGUAUGACGAACUGAUCCCAGCGCGCGACUGGCAGGAGUCUGAAUGGAAGCAGCACAGGAGGACAGUUCUGAUGUGUCUGGAGAGAUUCCUGCAUCAGACCCACGAACUCUCAGAUCAGACUCUCACGCUCUCCGAGGCUGACGGAGUCUGGUUGCGGUUCGAGCAGAUGCGGCAGCGGCAGAGCGUCUCUCACACGCUCGUGCGCUCGCAGCCGCUCGUGGUCGUGCUGGACGAUAACUUCUACUACCAGAGCAUGAGAUACCAGAUCCAGCGGCUGGCCAGAAAACACGCCGUGGGUUUCUGUCAGGUGUUUCUCCGGUGUCCGCCGCACGUGUGUCUCCAGAGGAACCGGUGCAGAUCUCAGCCUGUUCCCGAUGAAGUUCUGCUGCAGAUGUGUGAGCGAAUGGAGCCUCCGAACGAGAUCAGAAACCCCUGGGAGCGGCAGAGCCUGACGCUGGACGGCACAGACGUCGUCGCAGACGGACACGUACAGAAGCUGAUGGACUUACUGGCGUCUGCGCUGGAAAACCCACUGAGCCCGGUCCAGGACGAGUCGCCGCAGAAGGAGGCUGACAGACAGAUUUGCGCGUCCAGCGUUCUUCACCAGGCCGAUCAGACCUGCAGACGUUCGGUUUCUCAGGCGGUGACGUCUGCUCGCGAAGGCCAGGCGUCUCCAGACGUGCUGAAGGCUCUGGCUAAAGAGCUGAAUGAGCUGAAGACGGCUUUCCUGCAGGAGCUGAAGAAGGACGUUCUUCACCGAGUCUCCGUUUUCCCAGAGGAGCCCGUCGAUACGGAGAAGCUGCUGAUGGACGUGUCUGCGGCGUUCCAGCGACGAUCACACCAGAUUGUGUCCAAACACCAGCGAAACGUGACUGACGGAUGACCGAUCGUCUUCAGCACGCCUUUGACUGCUGAUAAUAAAUCAAACUAUGAUCACAUCUUUCUGAUGGACUUGUGAUUGUGCAUGAGAUGUUAUUUUCCAGUAUUGUUUCUGUAAAUGCGUCUGUCCAUGACUCGUUCUUGCUGUCACUGAUUUUCAUUUGAAGAUCCAUGAUAUUGUUUGUUUUUCUUAACAAAGAUGGAGAUUGCAGUUCUGUAUAUUAAAUCAACAUGAUUAAUGAAUCGCAGAAAUCUGAUUUCAAUAAGAUUGUGGUUAUUGACAGUACUACCCUAUAAUUAAUGUCAUCACAGUCACGCUGACAGACUGAUCCAUAUUAAAUUGAAGUUGAUUAUUAGUGACAUCAUGAGUUUGCUGGUUCACCUUUUCACUCGUUUGACUGAUGUAAUACGUGUGUGUGUAUUUAAUUUGACGAUUUAAUACAUUUAUGUUAGCAUAAAAAGAUUUAAAAAAAAAAAGUAUAUAAAAUAUGUAAAAUAAAAAUAAGAUGUAGCUUGAAUCUAAAAAUGCGUUCAAAAAAUAAAAAAGAAUAUUUUUAUAGAAUAUUUUUGAGAUAUCAAAUUCACUCUGAGCCACGUUAUAAAAUAUAUACGGACAAUACAGAAGGUUCAACUGAAUAAAACAGCUGAUGUUGCAAAUACAA